AUGCCACACAAAGGUACGUGCGGAGCAUGUUGUAGCAACAUGGCCUGUUGGAGACUCGGCGCGCAACAUAUUUGGAGUAGACUUGCAUACGUCCAGAAUUUGGAAGACUGCAUGCUCGGCUGUGUAAUAGUAGAGUGUCGACGGAUCUCGGCAGGCUUCCAGACCCUGGAUUCCUUGACCCAAGCUUUCCUGGAGGCGGAUGUCCUGCUCGCGGUCUCGUUCCCCGCGGUUCUCCGCCUGGACACUGCAGCCGGGAGUCCCCGGUUCACGCUGCUGCCUCUGAUCUUGUUUCACGGCAGCCCGACGCCCCGCCGUUUUGUCCACAGUGUCUCACUGUCGCGCUCCGUUGAUGCUUUAAUUUUCUGA